CAAUAUUAUUUGAAACCAAUAUCUAGUCCACCUCUCUUCAGUCCCACCUCCCUCGCGGUUAUCGUCACGCUAGUACGCUUCCUGACCACCGUCUCAUCUUCUUUGGCCUUAUCGGUCCGGGUCGUUAAUGGCUGCUCUCCAGUAUUGAUUUCCACGCAGCAGAGGUGGCAUUGGAUCCGAGAAUCAGAACAAUAAAAGGAAACUAAACGGGAAAAAAAAUAGGAGGGGAGAGACAAGGCGAUUGGUCUUCUUGUUUCGGGGAGGAAAAUAGGGAAAAAUUAAGAGGGAGAAAUAUGGGGCUGAUCUCGGGCAUGGUGAUGGGGACGAUGGUGGGGAUAGCGCUGAUGGCCGGGUGGAGCCGCAUGAUGAGGUACCGCAGCACCAAACGCAUCGCCAAGGCAGUCGAUAUAAAACUUUUAGGAUCCCUCAACAGAGAUGAUUUGAAGAAACUGUGUGGUGACAAUUACCCUGAAUGGAUAUCUUUUCCUGUAUUUGAACAGGUGAAAUGGCUAAACAAGCAAUUGAGUAAACUAUGGCCUUUCAUUGCAGAUGCAGCAACGAUGGUCAUCAAGGAUUCUGUAGAGCCACUACUGGAAGAUUAUCGGCCCCCAGGAAUAUCCUCACUUAAGUUUACAAAACUUUCUUUGGGAAAUGUUGCACCCAAAAUUGAAGGCAUCCGAGUUCAGAGCCUCAAGAAAGGUCAGAUUACAAUGGAUAUUGACUUUCGAUGGGGAGGAGAUCCAAGCAUAAUUCUUGCAGUUGAAGCACUUGUUGCUUCACUACCCAUUCAGUUGAAAGAUCUUCAGGUUUUCACUGUUGUACGUGUUAUUUUCCAACUUUCUGAAGAGAUCCCCUGCAUUUCUGCUGUUGUUGUUGCUCUCCUUGCUGAGCCAAAGCCUAGAAUAGAUUAUAUACUGAAGGCUGUGGGUGGAAGCUUAACCGCUAUUCCUGGGCUUUCGGACAUGAUUGAUGAUACUGUGAAUUCAAUUGUUACGGACAUGCUCCAGUGGCCUCAUAGAAUUAUAGUUCCACUUGGUGGAGUAGAUGUGGACAUAAGUGAACUGGAGCUUAAACCACAGGGAAAGCUUACAUUGACUGUCAUGAAAGCAAAUGGUUUGAAAAAUAUGGAAAUGAUUGGUAAAUCUGAUCCUUAUGUGGUUCUGUAUGUACGCCCCAUGUUCAAGGUUAAAACAAAAGUGAUCGAUAACAAUCUCAACCCUGUAUGGAACGAAACAUUUGAGCUGAUUGCUGAGGACAAGGAAACACAAUCUGUUAUUUUUGAGGUUUUUGAUGAAGACAACCUUGCACAGGAUAAGAGAUUGGGUAUAGCCAAGUUACCUUUGAUUGAUUUGGAACCUGACACUAAUAAGGAAUUUGAUGUGAGGCUGCUACCCUCACUAGAUACACUAAAGAUUAAGGACAAGAAGGACAGAGGGACUCUUACAGUAAUGGUAAUGUAUCAUCCAUUCACAAAGGAUGAACAGCUACAGGCUUUAGAACAAGAGAAGAGGACUUUGGAGGAGAGGAGGAAAAUGAAAGAGGAAGGGAUGAUUGGGAGCACGAUGGAUGCACUUGGUGGGGCAGCAUCCUUGGUUGGGUCAGGGGUCGGGAUGGUGGGUACGGGGAUUGAAGCUGGUGUUGGUCUAGUAGGUUCAGGCAUUGGAGCUGGUGCAGGGCUGGUAGGAAGCGGAUUUGGUGCUGUAAGUAGUGGUCUGAGCAAAGCUGGAAAGUUCAUGGGUAAAACCGUGACAAACCAGUUCAGCAGUGCUAGGAGGAAUGGUAGCAGCUCCUCAGCAGGACAGGGAGAAGGAAAUGAAAGCAGAUGAGCAGCUCUUGACAAGUUCACUUUAUAUCUAUUUCAAUUUCUAUGUUUUACAUGGUCACAUAUGCAAGUAUGUCGAUAGAGCGGUAAAAAUGCUCAAGUGGUUUCUUUGUGAUUACAUUCUGUGCGAACCAUUUGAUGAUUCAAGAGACUCAUUACCAGCUAAUCCAUUCUUUAAGACAGGCUCAGAUAGAAAAGAAAGGGGGGAAAAGAAAUGCAUUAUAAAAUGCGCAAGCAUGCAAGCAUCUUUGUUGCUUUAGGCUUUGUAAGCAGUUUGUUGACUGAUGGUGGCCUUACGUAAUGUAGCCCCACUUGCGUGGAGUGUGCUUGAUUCAGUUAUGUAUAAACUUGAUGCUUGGAGCUUGCUCGAACCAAGGUCUAAACAGGUCUGGAUAUCUUUAUCUUUAUCUAUAGAUUGAUCCAU